AACAACGUAAAAGUGUAUAAAACUUGUAAUUAAAGGACUUUACAGAACGAAAAUGGCUGAUCAGUUGUCAGAGGAGCAUAUUGCAGAAUUCAAGGAGGCGUUCAGUCUUUUUGACAAGGAUAGUGAUGGCACAAUUACGACUAAAGAGUUGGGAACAGUAAUGAGGUCCUUGGGGCAGAAUCCCACAGAAGCAGAAUUACAAGACAUGAUCAAUGAGGUGGAUGCCGAUGGAAAUGGAACAAUCGAUUUCCCAGAAUUCCUGACAAUGAUGGCGCGGAAGAUGAAAGAGGCAGAUAGCCAUGAAGAAAUCCGAGAAGCAUUCAAAGUGUUUGACAAAGAUGGGAAUGGUUUAAUUAGUGCUGCCGAGUUGAGGCAUGUGAUGACAAAUCUAGGAGAAAAACUUACAGAUGAAGAAGUAGAUGAAAUGAUCAGAGAGGCAGACGUUGAUGGCGAUGGCCAAGUCAACUAUGAAGAGUUUGUGCAGAUGAUGACGGCGAAAUAGACAAGACUGCAAUUUAAAAGCUUUAUCAAAAGGGAAUAAAUUUGAACUCAUACCAACGUCAUUUCUUUCGACAUCUUUUUAUACAAAACUACUGGAGAAUAAUUAUUUUCAUUUUCGAAAUGAAUCAUAAACCUGUGUUAUCUGAGCUAUAUUAUAACCAAUCUUUUUAACUGUUCAUGAUUUCUGUUACCAUAGCAAUAAUGAUUCUGACCUAAGAAAAACAAAUAGCCAUGUCUACUCUUAUGAUCUAUUCACAUAUAUGAGCCGCGCCAUGACAAAACCAACAUAAUGCGUUUGCGACCAGCAUGGAUCCAGACCAGCAUGCGCAUCCGCGCAGUCUGAUCAGGAUCCAUGCUGUUCGAUUACAAACCCUAUUAGAAGUAGAGAAACUGAUAGCGAACAGCAUGGAUCCUGAUAAGACUGCGCGGAUGCGCAGGCUGGUCUGGAUCCAUGGUAGUCGCAAACGCAUUAUGUUGGUUUUGUCGUGACGCGGCUCAUAUAUAUGGUAAUAAAACUUUCUUAAACAAUUUUAAGCUGUCAAAGGAGCAACCUUUUAUAGCUAUAAUAACUUAAAAUUCCAAACCAAGCAAAAUCAAAAUUAAGCUGUUCAUCGUUUCCAUUUUGACAUCUAUAUAAAAACUAUUAUGAUGAUAGGAUUGAUAACAAAACUUUAAUACAGUUGUAAAAGCUGGA